UGCAGCCUUUGUUCAUUACAAACACUGUAGCGUUUCGAUAUAAAACCUGACAGGAGUUCCUGCUUUCCAGGAACUUUUCACCGCAGACAGUGGGUGCCCGGUGACAGCUUGGAGGCUGUGUGGAGUGAUUCCCUCUCUGUCUCACUCCCUCCCUGGUGCAGAAUGGAGGAACUGGCCGCCUUUGACACCAACACCACUAACAAGCAAGAAUCCCACUCCAUCCAGACUCGCCUCCGGAAACACUUCCAGAAGAACAGACCCUUCCUCGGCUCGAAAGAGCAGAAGGGCGAUUCUAAGAAAGAAACCGCCGGCAGAGUGCAACUGAAAAGCAAGAGGAGGCAUGUCCUGGACCGCGUCUUCUCGUCCUCUCAGCCCAACCUGUGCUGCUCAGGACCGAACGACAACACGGGCUCCGGCGGCCAGAGGGAUUCGCGGGCUGGGAACAAGCUGCUGUCCGAACCGAAGGCGGCCACCCCGCAGAAACAGAAAGCUAUUUUCGCCAGUGUUUGGUCUGCAGUGACCCACCACAAGAGCUCCUCGGAAUGCCUGAAGGUCCCAAACCGCGCUGAGGAAGUGCAGAGCUGCAGUCAGCCUCAGGCUGCAGUGACUCUGCAGCAUCUGGAAGAUAGCUGGCGAUUCCUUGUUGUGGUAAAUCAACUUGGCGCUGUCCUGACCCUGAACUUGUCGCACGUAUUACCUGCAGCAGUUGUAAAGCAUGUGAGACAUUGAGGGUUGCACAGUCUCAAUAGCAGCAGCUCCAGGGCGACUUGGUAUUUAAUCGGACAACUCCGACAGGGCUACAUCUAUCGCCAGAAACGUCGCAGAAUAAUCCGUGAACGGAAUUAAAUCAGGGACACUUCCCUCUUUGCAGUACACGGUUCCUUUUCAUAAUUAUAAGAAGUGGUGAUUGAAAAUAAGAGAUUAGAGUCCACCUAGUCUACUUUCAGGGAGUGGUAUUAUAGAGAACGAUAAUAAAACUGUUCAACAAACGUGACAAUCGAUUGGUUUUGAACAGACCCAGAGAUUAAGGAGGAAAACCUAAUGAUGAUGAGCUUUAGGAACCGAAACCAGGCCAAAAAUCAUCUUUCUUCCACUUAAGCAAUGCCAAACAUACCACAUGUCUUCUUACCACUGAUUUUGCUCUGAAAGAAUUCCAUCUGAUUUGCUUUUCAAGUAAUUAACAUUUA